CCCCAGCGUUAGAUUUGUUUGAACUUGUGCGUGUGUGUGCGUGAGAAAACAACGCCGCCGCCGUCCGAAAAAAAAAGCUAUAUACGACAAAGCAAGAAAAGUCGCAGCUCGCCCUUCCCCUCCCUUCGCUUUCCUCGCCUCGGAGUUAGGUAAAGUCAAACGUCCCCUUUUCCCCCGGGUUCGGCGGCGGGCGGCUGGCGAUCGCGGUGGUGCGCAUGCGCAUAGGAAGCUCCAUUUGGGUGAAUCGAGUCUAGCAGCAGUAGGCAGUGUCGGGCGAGCUAGACCAAGACGAUCGCAUCAGUCCAUCGCCGAACACGCGCGUGCAUACGAAGUACACGGCAUCAAGCUGCCAAUUUUGCUUCCUCUGCCCGUCUCGACAUAUAAAAACAAGGCCAUCAAUACGGGAUCCCCAACCUGCGCUUCAAAAUCCUCUUCUUUUCCGCCGUCGCACGGUUAGUAGCAGAGCUUGGUUGUGAGAGUUUCGUCGUCUUUGCGUAGGCAGGGUAGAUCCCGGGUCUCUCUCCUCCCUCGUCAAAGAAAACCAUCCCGGCAUAUCCCAUCACGACUGCGGCAUCUGUCGUCGUCGUCGUCGUCGUCGUCCCAUCGAGCACGUCCCCCGCUUCCUCGUCCCCCUCCCCCCUCCUCCCCACCCCACGCCACUCUGAAACACUAUAACGAGACGAAAUCCCGGCAUAUAAACUUGGUACUAAGUUACUACGUACUAGCAUGGCCGACGCCGACACUGCCGGCGCCGCGUACUUUGUCACCGGGGCAUCCCGGGGUCUGGGCCUCGGCAUCUGCACCGCCCUGGCCGCCCGCCCGCCCAGCGAGGUGUCCGUCGUCUUCGCCGCCGUCCGCACCGAGACGGACGCGCUAAGGCGCCUCGUCGCCGGGUCCGCCGGCCGCGUGCAGGCCGUCUCGGUCGACGUGACGUCCGAGAGCGCCGUCAGGGAUGCGGCGGCCAGGGUCGGGCGGGCUCUGGAGGGGUCGUCGCCGUCCAGGGGCCUCGACGUCGUGGUGAACGUGGCAGGUGUCAUGGACUUUGUCCCCCAAGGCGGCAUCGAGAACAUGAAGGAUCUGGACUCGACGUUCACCACCAACGUGACGAGCGUGCACCUCGUCACGGCCGCCCUGCUCCCGCUGCUCCGCCGUGGGAGCCUCAAGAAGAUCAUCAACCUGUCGACCACCCUCGGGUCCAUCGGCAUGGCGGGCACGUUCGCCCCAAGCCGGGCGCCCGCGUACAAGAUCUCCAAGGCGGCCCUCAACAUGCUGACGGUGCAGUACGCCCUCUCCCUGGGGGACGAGGGCUUCACCGUCGUCGCCAUCUCACCAGGGUGGGUGAAGACGGACAUGGGUAGCUCGCAUGCCGAUCUCGACGUCGAAACAAGCGUCAAGGCGACGCUGGACAUUGUGGACCGAGUGGGAGCGCCCGACACUGGCAACUUCUUCAACAUCCACGUUCCGGGCUACGAGAACGCCCCAGAAUUGAACCGGUAUGACGGGGGCCAGCCACCGUGGUAGCGCCGCCCUCGUCCGCGGCUGCUAUUCGGAGAGCGACGGAGGAUGGCAUGGCAUGGCUAUGGGCGGUAGUGAUAGUGGCGGUUAAAGGUUUUUUUUUUUGUCGUGCGACUGGAAUCCAAGGAUAAGCCAUGUAGAAAGUGAGAUGUCAAGUUUCGGAUGCCAC